CCCCCCCCCCCCCCCCUGGACAUCAUAAGUGAACUGCCUGUUAUCUUAAAAGGUUUUCAGUUCCUCGUCCUUAUUUGAAUUGUUUUGAUUUUUAAUCCCACUUGACUGAUCAUGCAAUAAACACUGGGACUUACAACAAUUGAUAAUUUCUUUUAUUUCACUAGACAGACACAAAAAUAUUUUAAAAUUCAAAAUCUUGACGCGAAAACAUCAAUUUUUAUAGCAAUUCAUUAAAAGAAAACAUUUCCCAUUUAAAAUAGAAGGUAAACAAGUCAUUCAUAUUUAAACAUCAGAACUGGAUUUGCAAAAAAUUCACUGCAAAUGUCUCGAACAUAUUAAGAAAAUGCAUAGCAAAAUAAUACUUAUAAGAAAAGUGUAAUAUCGUGUAAAUUGCUACAGGAGAAUAAAUCUACACAAAAGAGAUUUUGCUUCUGUCAAAGAAAUCUCUGUUAAUUGUAAUGAUGCAACUUGGCAAAUUUUUUGACAGAAUUAAUAAUAAUAAUAAUAAUAAUAAUGAAUAUGUUUAUGGUGAGAAUCUAACAAUUGACAAUAAAUUAUCACUGAGAAUGAAAAAUGAAGAACACUUUGAUAAAAUCGACACUAAUUAUCAUGUGAAAUACAAAAAUAUAUCUGUUUAUGAUAAUGAAAUUAAUAUUAUUAAGACGACUAAAAAGCAAAAUAAGGUGCAACAAAAGUUAAUGAAAAACAAUAGAACAACAAUCAUUGAGACAUCCACAAUUAUUCCAAGACAAGACUUUGAAUCGUUAGUAUCGUAUGGAAAUUUUAAUACAUCUAUAAACAGUGAGAAAGAGUCUCCACUUGAUACUUCCAUACAUUCGAGUUCGAAUGGUUUCUUUAAAUUAAUAUUUUUCAUAUCAAUAAUUUUCAUAAUACUUCUACUAAUCGCAAGUAUUAUUUACAUUUGGGCGAUAAAGAGAUAUUCAACAAAUUUGGAACACAUUAAUAGAAGAUUGCCAGAAGUUGAUCACAAUCUUCUAAACCAUUCAAUAUUAGAUCUUGAAGCACUAAUGCUAUCUGUGCAGAAUUUGGGGUGUGCUGGAAUGGAAAGACUCGGGAAUCCGCCCAGCAGUAACUCAAUGUUAGCGAGUCUUCCAUCUCAGCGAGAUAACAGAAGUAUUCGACAUUCUUCAAUUCCAGUAAUGCAACAUGAUCUCAUAAACUCAACAAAUGGAGAAUCACAGAGUUUUUUUAAAGAAUCAAAAUCACAACAACUCACUUCAGGGAUCAAAUAUUCAAGUCAUAAUAACUGUUAUACGAAUUGUAUAGUCAGAAGUAAUUGUCAAAUGCCACAUAUUCCACGGCCUGAUGGAGAUUUUGGUCGCGAUACGCUUUCAAAUCAUCAGUAUCAUGCUGAAACCACGAGAAGUUACAUUCAAGCACCUCCGAAUAAGUCAAUAGAGGAUGUACCGGAUGCAUCGAUGACAUCGCAUCAAUUAAAAUCUAUGAAAAAUUGUACGAAAUCUUCCUUAAAAGGUAGUGAUAGUAAAAGAGUAGCGGAGAAGUUUAAAGGAUUUUUUAAGACAAUUAGCGGAGGCACAAAUUCAAAUUCGAAUCCACUGAAAUCAGGAACUGAUUUAAAGACAAACAGCAAUGUAUUUACUGGAGCAAUGUGUUUAUCGUCGUCAAAGUCAAGCAACAAUUUUCCAAGUGCGUCGACAACGUCAUCGUUAAGAGGAACGACACAGCAUCUGCAUCAUCAUCAUCAUCAUCAGCAGCAGCAGCAUAUAGGAACUUCACACGAUAAAAUGACUGAAAUACUAAAAUCCAAUGAUGCAAGUAGUACAAAUAAAAUGCAAACAUCUAAUUGUAUUAACAGUAAAGAAGUUGAAGAAAAAUCAAUAUCGGGAACCUCAUCAAUUCAAUCAUCGUCAUCCACAACACACAUAGACUACAGUUCUCUUUGACAUAAAGUUUAAACAGCAAACAUUAUAAAUAAUAUAAUUAAUUAAUGCAACACACACACACACACACACACAACUAUAGAAAUAGUAAAAAUGAAUAAAAAUUUAAAUGAAUUAUUAAAAUAAUUAUAAUAAAUAAAAAAAAUAUAAAUAAUAACUAUUAGUAAGAAUAAUAAAUAAAAUAAUAACUUAUAUUAAUUAUUAAAGCGCGUCCAAUUAAAGUUAUUUAAAAAAUUGAAUCUACAUUUAAUUUUCUUUUCUUUCUGGCAUAGUUCAAAAUGAAAUUUUUGAUGAAAUAACGGAAAGAAAGAAGGUGUAAAAUUAUAGUAGUAUAAUCUUCACAAUGUCAAAAUGCGAUUUAUAUAGUCAGUAAAUAAAAGAAAAAUGAAAAUUGUGAAAAAAAUUAUGAAAGAAAAAAUUUAUAUGAAGAUAAUUAUUAGUUUAAAAAAAAUUCUUUUCAUUGCACAUUCAUCUGGGAAGAAGAAAAAUAGGAAAUUGAGUCUCAAAGACAUUGCUUUUUAUUAACUUUCAUUUCAACUGUCAUAAACUUUCUUGUUGACUUUUAUUAUUUUUUUUUGGUGCAAUCUUUUAUUUUUUAAGUUUAAAUGUAGGCAAAUUUUACGUAAAUUGAUUCGACUAGCAAACGUGGAGAUUUUGUGAAUUAUGUGCAAUUUGCAUGAUUUUGUUUUUUGUUUUUGCAAACAUUCUAGAACAAUUUUAUGUAGUAAACGAAUUGUUUGAACUUGAUUGCAUGCAUUAUUUUUUUGUAGUUCUAGUAAAUCUUCCAAAAAUUUAUCGCAGGUUCUCAAUACUAGCUACAAUUCUUCAAAAUCUUAAAUUUUUAAAUUUCAAAUACCAUAAAAUUCAAAGCCUUAUUUAUAAACGAAAAUUUCACAAUUGUUCACACCUUAAUUUUUCUGAAAAAUGUAAACUUUUAUGUCAACAUUCUUAUCAGAGUUGUUGCCAAGGUCGUAUUUACUAACCUUAAUUUCUAAAGUGGCCAUGAAAAAGAAAAUAUUUUUUGCAAAUAAUCACAUAUGAACAAAUCUCUUUUACGUGAAUCAACAGAAGGUGCUUAAGUUGGAUUUUUUAUUAUUAUAAAGUAAUGCACAUCUUGAUUUAGAUAAAAAGUUAUACAGAUUGAGCAGAAAAUAUUUUGCUUAGACACUGAGAUUUUAUGGAAAAUUAAAAAAACCUAGGAAUUAUUAUGUAUUAUCCUAGCUUAUUGAAAGAGCCAUCAAACAAGGUAUUGGCAAGUUUAGACUAAUUUGUUUCAUUCAAGCCAAAAAAAUCCUUAAAUCGCCUUUUUUUUACAAACCAAAUAAUCAAGACGAGAGAGCACUGAAUAAUAAAACAACAUUGAUUCGCAUUUUUCUGCUCCAUAAGAAUCUCAAAAAAAACAUCAAUACUCCAAAAAAUAAAAUAAUCUUCAAAUAAAAAAAAUAUAAUUAAAUUUCCUAAACAAUAAAAUUUUCAAAAAAUUUAAAAAAUGACAGUUGAAAUCCUCAAUGUAUCCCAAUUUACUAAAUGUUACUCAUUCUCUACAAUAAACAAAAAAAAAUAAUAACAAUAACACAAAACGAAUUCUUAUCGGACUGAUUUAGUCAGCUACAUACGCACAAGACACAAAAGGCAUUAUAUCUUGCCGACUGAUUAAUUUGAUAAGCUUUUGGCACAAAAAUACAACAAAAACUUUAUCUCAAAGAAGAAAAAAAAAACAAAAAAAAGAAAAAGAAAAGAAAAAAAACUUAAAAAAUUUAUUUAUUAUUAAACAACUCAGUCAGGUUUAAAUUUAAAUUCCUUGCAACAUUUUUAUUAUUUCUCAUGAAUUAUUUUGUCUUGAGUUGAGCUACAGUUGAAAUGAUGUUGGAUUGUUGCAUAAUGUUAAAAUGACAUUUUAAUUAAAAUUAGAAGAAAAUUAAUUGUUUACAAUUUUUUUUAUUAUAUAUUUUCAUUUUCGCAUGAAAACAACAAAAAAAAUUGUUUUUUGUUUCCCGUAAGAUAGAAGAAGUGACAAAUUAUUAAAUCCAAAACUUGAUGUUUUUUUUUAAGAACUAGGAAGAAAUGAUGACAAGAAAUGAGGAAGAAGGAAUGAAAACAAAAAACAGUUUGUAGAAUAAAAAUUUUAGGUGAUGAUAAAUAGCUAUCUAAAAUAUAAGUUCUAUAGGUAUUUAGCAAAAUAAUAAAAGAAUUAAAUAGAAUAAAAACAUGCAUUGAUUUCUUGUUAGCUUCAAUAUCCGUAUGCAAUACAAAAAAAAAAUGAAAUGAAAUAAAAUGAAUAUAAUGCAAUGAAUCGCAAAAAAAAUGAGAAUCAACUUUACUUACUAACAUAAAAUGUUUUGUAAUAAAAUAAAAAAUGAAAAUAUUAAAGAGAAAGAAAAAUAAAAACAAUAAAUUCCAAAAUUUU